AUGCCAAUCAGCGGCAUUAUUCUUCAAAAGAAAGCUGAUAACCUCGCUAAAAGUCUCGGCCAUAUGGACUUCAGUGCUUCGGGAAGCUGGGUAGAACGUUUCAAGGGAAGGCACAACAUUGUUUCUCGUGCUAUAAGUGGAGAGAGUGGAAUCGUUGAUUCAUCGGUGACUGAUGAAUGGAAGGAGCGAACUUUGCCUGCCCUGCUGAAAUAUUUCUCCCCUAAAACCAUAUUUAAUGCUGAUGAAACGGGGCUCUUCUACAAACUUAUGCCAUCAUACUCUCUUAAUGUCCGUGGUGAAACCUGCACUGGAGGCAAAAAAGGCAAAGAAAGAUUAACGUUCCUAGUUGCUUGCAAUAUGGAUGGAUCGGAGAAGCUUAAACACGUUGUUAUUGGCCGAUUUGCUAAUCCCAGAUGUUUUUAA